UAAUACUUACAUACUUUUAGUAGGCCUAGUAAAUACUUCUUCCAUCAGUGUAUCAGACAAUGCAGUCCAUAAAAUCACGAAUUUAGAGCAAGAAGAUCAUACUUGCAGAACUUCAGAUGCAGUGAUGCAGGAGUCUGGCCACCUGCUGCCAUCUAGAGGUGAUUGGUUGCUAUGACAACGCAAAACAUCCUGCACUUAAUAGGACACACCUGUUGAUCUGUAAUCUAUGCGGCUGCUAACUGAGUGAGCGUUGCACAGUCGUCUCAGAUCAAGCCUUUGCUUUGUUAACACUUACAGUAUUAGUCUACAGUCAUGAAGACGAGGGUGAUAAAGGACAACACUCACAUUUGGAGACUGUUUACAUUUGAGAAGCAGGCUGGCAUGUUGCUAUUAGAUCAAAAAUACCUCAAACACAAAGUAGUCCACAUUGAUUGAUACAACAAACCACCUGCGCAUUCAGAGACAACGUGAAAUCUCAAUUGAGAUCAGCAAUUCUCUAAAAUUGACCUUUUAUGUCCUCUGGAAUGAAAUGUCGCAAAUAAGUCAGACCACACCAUCAGAUCUGACUGGAGGUUACCCUGUGACAAAUUUGACUUUAGUCGUCCUUUUGCUCAUACCCUGUGUGGUCAUUCUGCUUCUGCUGAACUGUCUGUUCCUGGGUUACAAGUUAUUGAUCCUGUCAAAGAAGAACAACAGACAGAAGCGAGAGGAAACGGAGGAGAUGCUUUUGCAGUCCACCUUGCAAAGAGUCCGAAGAGUAUCCGACGUAGCCUUCUCCCCGCUGCAGGACGGGAGGAGAGCUUACAUGUCUCUGUCGGAGCCUGUCCUGCCGCAUCCUGUCACAUCUUCCAGGGCUUCAUCCAGAGAGAGGGCCGGGGUGGAUCACAGGAUCCGGCUCCUGAGGCCAGAUGGCGCCACUGGCUCAGGGUCCCUGAGGGCGCCGAGCACCAUCCGGGUCACUUCCUCUGCGUCUGGUUCCACCCCAAGACGGACAUACAGCAUCAGCAAAGCGGGCUGGUGUAAAAGCGCACCAGUUUUACCGCAGUCCAGUGAUUCAGAGGCUGAAACCAGAGUGAACCUUGUUCCGCCAAACUCUCCUACGCAGGAGACGGAACAUGUGGGUUACAUUCAUCGGAGCAGUACUUACGACAUGCUGACAGACGUGAACCCAGGUGUUGCAGUGCACGUGUUUGACAAAGUAGACUUGGAGUGCGAGUACACCAACCCGCCUUCAGAGACGUCCUGCCUGAACACAUCUGCAGUGGGUCCUGGACUAGACAGCGACUUUGGUGCCAGUGCAGGUGUCUCCCUGCGGAUUCUGUCAGCAGACAGUGACGGUCUGUCCAACGGUGUUUUGGCUUCAGCCUUGGAGUGGGAUUAUUAUGACCCCUGCUAUGUCAAACAGAAUAAUGUACCCAAACAUAAACACCACAGACCUGUAAUGCACACUAAACAGUACUGGGUGUAAUAUGUCCCAGCUGUCGGUGUGAUUAGUAAUUUUUAAUGUUUAUUUAUUUAUUAUUACUUAUUUAAUUUAAAUAUUCUAUGCAUGUUUUAUUUUUUGGCAAGACAGAGUCAAUAGUUAACUUCAAUCACUAUGACUUUACACUAGUUUAAAUUGACAUAAUUUUGAUUAAAAAUGCACUCAGCUUCUGCAUUUGUUCAAAUUGCAAAAUAUUUACUAUGCACCUUCACUUAAGUUAUUGUGUAAUGUUUACUAUGCACUUCUUCACUUAUUGAUGUAGAUAAUGGUCACUAUUUCAUAUGAACAGGGCUGUUCAGCCCAUUCUGGCUUUCAUAAAUAUUCACAUUAAGAUUUCCAUUCACUGCUAUUGUUUGAAAUGUUUUGAUUCACUCUGACCAAUAAAGACUAAUUUGGAAUUUA